CUGGACGAAGGCACUCCUCCAGAACCUAAGGGAACAUUUGUCGACUAUCAGACGACAGUGGUUAAAUACUCCAAAGCCAUUGCGGUAACAGCUCAAGAAAUGAUGACUAAGUCGGUUACUAACCCGGAGGAGCUGGGAGGACUGGCUUCACAAAUGACCAGUGACUAUGGGCACCUGGCUCUCCAGGGCCAGAUGGCGGCAGCCACGGCGGAACCAGAGGAGAUCGGAUUCCAGAUUCGCACCCGUGUGCAGGACCUGGGUCAUGGCUGUAUCUUCCUGGUGCAGAAGGCAGGAGCCCUCCAGGUCUGCCCCACAGACAGCUACACCAAGAGGGAGCUGAUCGAGUGCGCCCGUGCCGUCACAGAGAAGGUGUCCUUGGUGCUCUCGGCUCUCCAGGCUGGGAACAAGGGGACCCAGGCAUGCAUCACAGCUGCCACUGCCGUGUCUGGGAUCAUCGCCGACCUGGACACCACCAUCAUGUUUGCGACGGCAGGGACACUGAACGCAGAGAACAGUGAGACCUUCGCGGACCACAGGGAGAACAUCCUGAAGACAGCCAAGGCCUUGGUGGAAGACACGAAACUGCUUGUGUCAGGGGCUGCGUCCACUCCAGACAAGCUGGCCCAGGCAGCUCAGUCCUCCGCAGCCACCAUCACCCAGCUCGCCGAGGUGGUCAAGCUGGGGGCAGCCAGCCUAGGCUCCGAUGACCCCGAGACCCAGGUGGUGUUGAUCAACGCCAUCAAAGACGUGGCCAAGGCCCUUUCCGAUCUCAUUGGUGCUACCAAGGGAGCUGCCAGCAAACCGGCUGAUGACCCCUCCAUGUACCAGCUCAAGGGGGCUGCCAAGGUGAUGGUGACCAAUGUCACCUCCCUCCUCAAGACUGUGAAGGCCGUGGAGGAUGAGGCCACCCGGGGCACAAGGGCACUUGAGGCCACGAUCGAGUAUAUAAAACAGGAGCUCACGGUGUUCCAGUCAAAAGAGGUACCUGAAAAGACAUCAUCACCUGAAGAAUCGAUAAGGAUGACCAAGGGCAUCACUAUGGCAACAGCCAAAGCCGUGGCAGCUGGGAACUCGUGCAGGCAGGAAGAUGUGAUUGCUACAGCCAACCUGAGCCGGAAAGCCGUGUCGGAUAUGCUGACGGCUUGCAAGCAAGCAUCCUUCCACCCGGAUGUCAGCGAGGAGGUACGGACCAGAGCCUUGCGCUACGGGACAGAGUGCACCCUCGGCUACCUGGACCUUCUCGAGCAUGUCUUGGUG